UACCUAGGUAGCUUAUGUAUUUCCAUUUCAUUUUCUGUUCCUCAAUCCAACAAAUUCCGUCCUCAGAUGUCCGCAGCAGAAACCAUCACGAUUUCCGCAUCGUCCGCUCUCACUUUUUUCUGUUGAGUCACUGAGAUGGCUCAUGAUGUUUCAAUAAUUACCUCAUCUCGUCCGCCUUAAACUUUUGCACCUUCCUUACGACUUAGAAUAUCUUAUUAAUCAUGCUGUCUCUUUCAAUGCGCGCUCGUAUGGGCUCGCGUGCAACUAAUGGGCCUUUCAUCCGAACUAUGGCCUCGGCCCGGCGGUCAGCCCUUGAAACUCUCCCAUCUUCGCCAAUUCGAGUUAUGCGCACCGUUGAAGCAGUUAGACGAUGGAGAAAACCUCAGUACCUCGACCAUAGGAUCGUUGGAUUGGUCCCUACCAUGGGAGCCUUGCAUGAGGGCCACCUUUCUCUAAUCCGCACCGCAGCUCGCGAAAGCCAUCAUGUUGUCGUCAGCAUAUAUGUGAACCCGGCCCAAUUUGGAAUCAAGGAGGACCUGUCUUCGUAUCCCGUAACCUGGGAGUCGGAUUGUAAAAUCCUAGCUGAGCUGGAUCGUGAAUUGGCCGAUGAUGGCGGGAAUUUAGGCCGCAUUAGUGCUGUUUUUGCACCAACUACCCCUGAGAUGUAUCCUUCGGGUUUUCCGGGCCAGGAAGUUGAUUCUAAAGGAAGCUUCGUUGUUUUAACCCCUAUAAGCGAACUUCUCGAGGGUGGUACCCGGCCGACAUUUUUCAGAGGUGUCGCUACCGUUUGCAUGAAGUUGUUCAACAUUGUACAACCUGAAAAGGUGUACUUUGGCCAGAAAGAUGUACAACAAACCGUGGUCAUCCGGAAAAUGGUCAGAGAUUUUAUGCUGCCGACGGAAGUUAUCACCGGCCCUACCGUCCGUGAAUCCGAUGGCCUUGCUUUAAGCUCUCGAAAUGUUUACCUCGGCGAGCGACGACGAAAAGCAGCUACAGUACUACACAAGUCACUUAAGGCUGCCGAGUCCCAGUAUUUGGAUGGGGUUUUAGACCGGGACUCGAUACUAAAGGCUGCUAAUAAUGUAGCCACUGACGUAUUGAACGAGCAGUCGGCAUUAUCCUCUGAGAAAAGGGUGAAAUACGAGGUGGACUAUAUCUCUCUUGCGGAUCCCCUAUCAAUGGAGGAGAUAACUCAAGUCGAUCCCAAAAUAGGCGGUAUUCUCAGCGGCGCAUUCAAGAUGUUACCCGUCGAAUCACCACAGCCUGACGAAGAUUUAGGCCAUAGCGGCGGCCCAGCGGUGCGACUCAUAGACAAUAUCAUUCUGAAGCCAUCUGCAGAAAUCUAGACUAGACCAGUUUUGAAAUAUACCCAAAAAGUUUAUGGAUACCUAGCCAAGAAUCAACUCGCAUCAUUGUCUUUCCUUUGCUUUCCAUAUUAUUGGUUGACACUUACACUUUCACAGAAAAUCAUGCCGGCGGAUCUCAAUUACGAGGCUUCUAUGGGACAUGCAUAAAGCGAUCUGAAAUACGAUGUAUACUAACUUUAACUACAUGAGAUCCUCCAUUCCUCGUCAUUGUCACAGAAUAUGUACGAAUUAGCAUGCAGUUCUACCAGCAUUAUCUCAUCCAUUAGGAUUGAUUCCCCCCUUCUACGAGUCUAUUCCCCACUUUGCGGAGUCUUACAAUGAUGGACUCCGAGUGGUAUGCACUACCGUUUUAUACCUGACUCGGCUUAGGGAGAUGC